CUCAAACAUGUUGUUUUGGAUAUAUGGAACGGAUUGAUUUUAAAAAAUCAUGUUUUCAAAAUCAAUCAAAAGGGAAGCAAUGGCUGAAUUCCUGGGAACAUUCAUGUUAAUGGCGCUCAGCGACGGUGCGAAUGCCCAGUGGCUAUUAAGUAGUGGAACCAAGGGGUCUGCUUUGUCUAUCCACAUAUCUCAAGGGAUCGGUGUGAUGAUGGGUGUAUACAUAUCUGGAGGAGUUUCAGGAGGACAUAUAAACCCAGCAGUGACAGUAGCACAGGCUUUCCGAGGACGACUGUCCUGGAUAAAGGUCCCAUUCUAUUUGGCUGGGCAGUAUGGAGGGAGCUUUGCUGCUUCUCUGGCGAUAUACCUAGUCUACAGCGACGCUCUUCAUCAUUUUGACGGUGGCGUCCGAUUGACCAGUGGGCAGAACGGUACAGCUGGGAUAUGGGCGACCUAUCCACGUACUUUUCUCUCCGUCACCAAUAGUAUAGUGGACCAGAUAUUUGGAACAGCAGUAUUGUUGAUAUGUGUAUCAGCUUUGUCAGACAAGAGGAACAUGAAUCCGUCCUCUGGCCUACUCCCUGUGUGUACCGGACUCCUCGUCUUCGUUAUAAACAGUACAUUUUGCUUUAAUUGCGGCUGCGCAAUCAAUCCAGCACGUGACCUAUCGCCAAGGCUGUUUACCGCCAUGGCUGGAUGGGGAAGUGAACCUUUUAGUUAUAACAGGUACUCCUACUUUUGGGUACCAGUCCUGGGACCUCACAUAGGAGCAAUUCUUGGUACCAUUGUGUACGACCUUUGUGUUGGUUUCCAUUGGCCAGAUGAAAAUGUAAAUGAAAAUGACGAACAGGAACCUGUUUGGAUCCGACGAAAAUUUGACAAACAAAAAGAAUACUAUCAAAGUAAAAACGGGGAAUUCGACAGUCUUUUGGAAACAUCUGUCUGAGGACUAUCGGAAAUGUUUCCAAGAAAACCAUGGAUAUAUCCCAUGGAAUUGAUAAAAUCUCCAUGAAACAGAUAUCUUCUAUAGACGCAGAGAGGGUUCAUACGUACUGCAGAGGAAAACGUACCAUGGAAUGAUGUUGCUAAUACUCUACCAAAUGUAACGAUAUUGAUGAAUAAGACGAGAGAAUAUUGUUGAAUGAUGCAUUCAGCAUCCAAUUACGACUAUGUCAUUUAAAACAUGAAGUCACGAUCUAAAACAUUGAUUGAAAUGCGAAAUAUAGAAUACAACACGAAUGAUACAGAAUACAGCCAGUUGAUAUUGUGGAUAUUUUCCCGAAUUUUAUCUCAAAUGAUUUUUAGGAAUAUAGAAUAAAACAUAGACGACAUGAAAGAAAAUGGAUUACAAAAACAAAAGAUACUACAAAAAUAUAGUGAUAUCGAAUAUAUAAUACAAUGUGGUCGACAUUAUAACGUUAUAUGGCAUACAUAACAUUUUGUGAAAUAUGUUGCAGGGUAAUAUCAUUGAUAUAGAUGAUGUAUAUGUCAUAAGAUUUCAUAAAGACACAAAGAAGAAAGCCAUUUAUCAGGGAAUGUACUUAUUUAGUUUAACUAUCUGGAUGUAUCCUAGUAUUAAGGUGUUGAGCUUCAUCUGACAACUCCAAAACCGUGCAAUAUUGGAUAAUCAUUGACAUAGAUUGGAUAACAAUGUAUGCUGUCAAGAUAUUGACUGAUUCUGUUUUGGAAACAUAUAUAUUAACAUGUCAUUCAUUGUGUUUUUGUUUACGAAUAAAACGUGUCUUGUUAAUUAUUCUGUCUACGUCAUGUUGAUAACACGUGCAUGUUUAUUGAUAAAUCAGGAUUUGUUUAAGAUAUUUUGGUUUAUGUUACUACGUUUAUAAGUUACUAAAACAUAAAAAAGUAAAGAAAACAAUUUGAAUAUGAAUUUUGACUUCAAUAUGCUAGUGUAAAUGCAUUUGUUAUGCUCCA